AUUUAGCCCAGUUUCUCGUGUUAAGGUGUUUUAGGGCCUCAAAUUUACAUAGAUAAAUAACUAUCUUCCUCAUAACAUCAGUGGUCAUAUUUAUCUGUAUAAAGAGGCCAGUCACGUGUGAAUAUGGUAUUCAUCCAGUAAAACAAGUAAAUAAGAUACAGUUAGCGAGUAUCCAGAUUAAUUGAGCAAAUAUGAGAGACUGGGGGAAGCAUGAUAUACCAUGAAUCUAAAAAACAAAAUACUUUUCGACGAGGAUGGGAUUCGAACCCACGCGUGCAGAGCACAAUGGAUUAGCAGUCCAUCGCCUUAACCACUCGGCCACCUCGUCUUAUGGACUGCAAUAUGCGAACAACUUCAUUUUUAUGGAGGAUAUAUCAGUGAAAUAUCGGUGUUGUCUUAUUUACCUGUAAGACCCUCGUUCUUACGUAAACUAACAAAGUAGCGGAAAUAGCCGUUUAUUUACACUUCAGUUAGUUCAGCUAACAGUUAGCCACCUAGCAUUCCUCCUGGACCCUAUUCACCGGCGCCUUCACUCCAGACAUUACGGUUAUUACACAUCGACAUGCGCCGCUGUCGCAGCAGCAGCGCAGAAUGGUAACAACGGAGAUGUGUUUUGAUGGAGAUCAGACAAACUGGGUCUGUUUCGUCCCUUUUUUCGCGUCGUCGACAGCCGUAUGAAAAUCUGGGGCAGCGUCGCCACUAAACAGCCACUAUGCCGUCAAGUAUUCGUUACAUUUCCAGUCCAACGGGCUGUGGUGUUAGCAUUGUGGUAGCAAUGUAGGUAACGUUAGCUGGGACGCUUGGGACGGAAAUAGCCAGCCCUCAAAGGAAAACAGCAGCCUGCUCCGGUGUUUGUGUACAGUAAUCGGGCCAGUUCGCAGUUUCUCUGGCAUGCAUCUCUCCAAGAAAUGUUCCGCCUUCAAAGUGGUGCUGAGUGCUCUGCUGAUAGUGGCGCUCCUGCAGCUCAUAUACCUGUCCUUUUUAUCCAAGUUUCACGGUAAGCAGCAGCGGUACCGGUACUCGGAGCUCUUCGGGGGCUCUGGAGCCAAGAAAAAUGCGCACCCCGAGAAGAACACGCGGAAGGAGCGUUUGAGGUACUCGCUGUCUACUGGUGGGAUUUUCGACAACAGUGGGCAGUACCGGGUGUACAAGAACUUGAUCAAAAGUGAUUUCACCACAAACCAGAGACCAGGAUCCGACCCCGGCUCCAACGUGCUGGCUUUGGCCACGCACACAACCAUCAACAACCUGCAUCACCUGGACUCUCUCCUGGAAAGGUGGCAGAACCCUCUCUCUGUGGCCAUAUUCGCGCAUGGGCAAGAUGUCAGGUUUGCCACAGCUCUGGUCUAUGCUCUCAGCUUCUUCUGCCCUCAGAUCCAAGCCCUGGUGGACUUCCACUUGGUCUGCCUCUCAGGUGAGAUGGCCAGUUUCCCAGAGCAGGACCGUGAGCAUUUUGCAGGGCUUGAGGACUGUGCCUCUGUGUUCACCAGACUGGAGACUCACAGGGACAAAUACAAGAACUACGCCAUCAGUGGGAACAUCUCCUACCCCAACAACCUUCUUCGUAACGUUGCCCGAGGUGGCACAGAGUCCUCCUACAUCCUGGUCAUUGACAUCGACAUGAUGCCAAGCGCUGACCUGCACCAGCAGUUCCUGGCCAUGAUCACGAACAAAGAACCGGCGAGCGACGAGGUGUUUGUGUUACCUGCUUUCGAGAUCCGCCAUGCCCGAAAGAUGCCCGCCACCAAGGCAGAGCUGGUCCAGCUCUACCAGGUAGGUGAGGUCCGGCCGUUUUACGAGGAGCUGUGCCCUCGCUGUCAGGCCCCGACCAACUACUCACAGUGGGUCAACAGCCACGUCAGAGGGACAAGCACCCUGGAGGUUGCCUACACGCUCACCUGGGUGGACCCCUGGGAGCCUUUCUACAUCGGGCCCCGAACUGUGCCCCUCUAUGAUGAGAACUUCAAGCAGUAUGGCUUCAAUCGCAUCAGCCAGGCCUGCGAGCUGCAUGUGGCCGGAUACAGGUUCUCGGUGCUGAGCACGGCCUUCUUGGUGCACCGGGGCUUCAAGAUCCAGGGGGAGUUUCAUGCCAGGAAAGACGAGGAGAACAAACACAACCGGGUUCUGUUUCGCAGCUUCAAAGAGGGCCUGAAAACCAAAUACCCAUCCUCCACAAGAAGAUGCUGAAAAAAGACUGCGUAUUCUGCCUGCAUCUGUCUUUAAUGAAAUUCGUUUUCUGCUGAGAUGAUGAACGUGCAACUUUCAUAUUUAAACCAGAUUUAGUUUGGUGGCGUAGUAGGAGUUAAAGCUAAUCCAACUCUUGGGCUUAUUUCAAGUCCUUCUGAAGAUGAGCAGCAGGGAAAUGUUCUCUGGGGAUUACUGAGCGUGUCUGCUAGUUGGGACUGAAAGGAAAAAAACUGGCCAGCGACUCAUGAGAUUACUGUCUUUUGAAACAAAUAUCUAGAUAGUAUUUGAUCAACAUUCAUUUUAAAAAGCACACACUCUAUUUUAAAAACACUUUUGAGUUUGUCUAGAUACAAAAAUAGACACGAAAAUGUGAUUGCAAGCCACAGAGUCUUGACAUAAUCAAAGAAACUGAGGUCCUGAUUUCACUGCAUGUAACAUGAAGUACGAGGUUCCACAUUUCAUGACAGCUGAUCAAAGAUUGUUCCUUUCUUUGGGGCAGAAAAAGGGUCUUUCUGUCGCCAAGACAGAACUGAGACAUGACUUGCUGUGAGGAAACAGGUUCACCAUCUCAGAUUUUGUAAUAAUAGCGUGAAACAAAAUGGGGAUUAAGAUAAAAGAUACAAAGUCUUUCAGAAAUGUACAAUUUUUCAGUCUAAUGACAAAUCAAGUGCGACUCUUUUGUGAAUUUUGUGCCAAUCAGUGAUGUGCUCCAGCCACCAGAUGGCAACAGGCACUCGAGUGUAAAGCGCUUGGUUGCUGUAUAUAUUUUAGCCUGAAGUGAGCGUUAGAAACUCUACAGCAGAACAGAACACAGGGAUUACACAACGCCAGUGCUGUUUGGUGCUCAGAGGGAUGUGAAUUCACUCUGUGCCACAGCUGUCAGCACAUUUCAGAAGUUCUCCGUUCCCUGUCAGUGCUUGCUCUUGCCUCGAACUGUCUGAGGUGAUUACUCACACAUCACAAGGACAACAAAGCACAGGGAAACUUUAUAUAGAGACAUUGUACAACACUAGCAUUUUGCCAACACUGUGAAGAGCUGCUGUAGUGUAACACUGAGGAUCUGACUCUGGUAGUCGAUUGGAUCCCCCUGAAGCUUGGGGUUUUUCACGUCUUUGAGUAGAGUGUAUGUGGGUGACUGAGCUACAUGUGGAAAUGUAGCAUGGUUAGAGGAUAUAAAGAUAAAAAAAAUACUGCAUAAUCAAAAUAUAAACCACAAACAAAAGCAGCCUGUGUUGUCCAAAGGACUGCUGUGGAGACACUUAUCUCAACACCACUAGUAAAUAGAAAAUUACAGAUUUUAUGCUUUAUUCUAACCCACUACAAACAGUAUUAAACCAUGACUUCCACUUUCUCAUGUCUGUUUCGUAAAAACACAUAUAAACAGCAUAUACAAAAGAUGAUGUUUGGUUACUUUAAGUGUUAACUUGUUAUGUAAUUGUUGAUUUUGGAGAGUUAUAAAUAUUUUUCCUUCUUCACUCGUAGUGUUGAUGAUAUAUUUAUUGUGAAAAUGUUUUCCUUUAACUGGAAUUGGUCAAAUGAUUUUUUUUUUUUAAAUUGACCCCAAGCAGGAAAAACUGUAGCACGAAAUUGUGUGAUUGUGCAAAAUAUUAUAUUUGGUACGAACAGUUGACAGCUUUUUGUUUUAGAACCACUGUUAUAUCAUUUUAUUAGAUAUUUUUGGAGUGACAUCAAUUUCAACAAACCCUCUGUGAUGAAGUGAAGUGGUGCUUUAUCUUUUUUCUCAUGUGUCUUUUCCUUACUUGAAAAUGCUUUUUUUUUGUAUUUAUUUUUUCAUUUGUGUUUACAACAUGUAAUGCCUGAUUUGUAUUGUUGGAAUUUAUAUUAAACCUACUGGAUGACUUUUAUUCAA